CAUUAGAAUGCAAUGGUGGCAAGGAAAUAUUCGAACACCGUAAAAUGUUAUAAGCCCCAAAAUUUUGUGUUAAAAAGUUGUGUAUAGGUGUCGCUGCUGUAACAGUGCUGUUUGACUGGUAUGACUUUUGUGCUGGCUUUGACUUUUGCUGGUUUUGACUUUUGUCCAAAUCAAGGAGCUCAAAUAUGAAUUUUGCAACUCGGUUCUUAAAGCACAGCUCCCCGUGUCUGUGUAAAAUUGUUGCGCCAUGCACAGAACAGCCGCUGAAGCACGCAGCUGCGCUGUAUUGCACAACUCCCAGCAAACCACUCACAUGGCUGUCAGAAGAGGAGACAAUGAUGAGGGAUACUGUUAGGAAGUAUGCCACAGAAAAGGUCCAGCCACUAGUAAAGCAAAUGGAUGCAGAAGCAAAGAUGGACCCAUCAAUAUUUAAAGAUCUUUUUGCUCAAGGGUUGAUGGGAAUUGAAGUCGACGAGAAAUAUGGCGGCUCUCAUUCGUCGUUCUUCUCGACUGUGCUUGCGAUCGAAGAACUCGCUAAAGUUGACGCCGUCGUGUCACUUGUCUGUGACCUUCAGAACACUCUAAUCACGUCCUUGAUGCAGAACUUUGGCACGGAGGAACAGAAGGAGAAAUACCUGCCAAGAUUAUGCACUGAUAUGAUUGGUAGUUUCUGUCUAACUGAGGCAGAAUCAGGAUCAGAUGCCUUUGCUUUAAAGACACGGGCAGUAAAAGAUGGCAGUUCUUACAUCAUUAAUGGCACAAAACUAUGGAUUACUCAAGCCCAUGAAGCUGGACUAUUUUAUGUCAUGGCUAAUGUGGCUCCUGAAAAGGGUUACAAAGGGAUCACAUGCUUCAUUGUGGACAAAGGCACUCCAGGCUUGAGUGUGGGACCAAAAGAGGACAAGCUGGGAAUCCGUGCAUCUAGUACAUGCCCAGUACAUUUUGAUAAUGUGAAGGUUUCAGAUAGGAACGUCAUUGGAGAAAUUGGCCAUGGUUACAAGUAUUCGAUUGGGCUACUGAAUGAGGGAAGGAUUGGUAUUUCUGCACAGAUGGUAGGAUUGGCUCAAGGAUGUUUUGACAAAACGCUUCGGUACGUAAUGGAACGAAAACAGUUUGGAAAAAUAAUAUGGGAUUUUCAGGCCAUGCAGCACCAGAUGGCUCAGGUGAGCACCCAGAUUGAAGCUGCGAGAAUGCUAGCGUACAACGCCGCACGUAUGAAGGAGUGCGGCCAGCCGUUUGUCAAGCAGGCUGCCAUGGCGAAAUUCACCGCAUCCGAGGUUGCUUCGCUCACGACGUCCAAGUGCCUGGAGUGGAUGGGAGGUGUAGGAUUUACCAAAGCAAUGCCAAUAGAGAAAUACUACAGGGAUGUCAAAAUCGGUACUAUCUACGAAGGGACAAGCAAUAUUCAGCUCAACACGAUUGCAAAGUGUAUCGCUGAAGAGUUUUCACAUACUAGCUGAGUAAUAUCAGGAGUUAAUAAAGACAAAGUUUGUCUUUAUUAACUCCUGGUAAUAUAUAAUAGAGCGGCAUAGUAUGUUGUUCCUAACAGAAAUUGCAUGUAUAAACGUGAUCACACUGUCAUGCAAAUAGUUGUAUCCAAGCUCCGUUUACAUGGGAACAUGUUUCGUAUUGUUACUAUUGGAUAAAAUUAUGAAACUGAAAAGAGAUUAUUCUGCCGAAAGCAGUCAAGCUAAAAUUGCUCGACUCUAAAUAUAUUAAUGUUCUCCUUUUAUAAUUGUU